GUGCGCACAAAUGAGAUAAGAAAAUAAAUAGGCUCUGUAAUCAAUUACUUGAAGAUGUUAAAAUGGUAGGGCAGAUGGUCUGGUUAGUCAUUUAAUGAGAGACAUUCGUCGUGGAUUGUAAAGUGUAGAAUGUGGUGGACUUUAGUGCUCCUUCUGAUAAACUCCGCGAAAUUUUCGUGGUGUAGUGGCGGUAGCAAUGGCAAGAGACUCGCGGAGCAUCCUUUACCGAGAUCUCUUCCUGAAUCAAAGCUAAACGACUUGGCCCAGAGAACAGAUUACGAUGCCUUCUACAGCGAUACUUUCAUGAAAGGACUUUACCACGUCCGAUACCCAGGAACACAGGGGCAUCAUAAAGUAAAAAUGUUUAUAAAGAAAGCAUUUGAAGACCUCAACUGGACAGUCACAUUGGACGAAUUUGAUGCUCCUACUCCGUACGGUACUAAGCGCUUCACCAAUGUAGUCGCCACCCUUAACCCCAAUGCAAAAAGAAGGCUAAUGCUAGCUGCACAUUAUGACUCCAAAUACAUGCGUGACAAAUACUUUCUUGGUGCCACAGAUUCAGCAAUGCCUUGUGCAAUGUUAAUUGAAAUUGCCAGAAUUGUCACCCCUUUCUUCAAGGCACGGGAACAGCAAAAAGGGAACGUUCAUGCAGAUGAGGAUGAGCAAUCAGACACAACAUUGCAGAUGGUUUUCUUUGAUGGUGAAGAAGCAUGGGUUGAGUGGAGUUCAACAGACUCACUUUACGGCUCUCGACAUCUUGCAGAGAUGUGGAGCAAUACGUCUCACCCACCAGAUUCAAAUACUACAAUGAUAGACACAAUUAAUGCCAUGGUACUAUUGGAUCUGAUUGGUGCAGCUAACCCAGUGUUUUAUAACACUUUCAGAGAAACAAAUGAUUUAUUUGAGAGAUUACAGAUGAUUGAACGUCGCCUACUGAGCAACCAGCAGAUACAUAUACCACCCAACACCCAACAGCCAUAUUUCAUUCAAGGGCUAAUGGACAGAAGAUAUCUUGUUGAAGAUGAUCACAUACCUUUCCUACGAAGAAAUGUUAAAAUACUGCACUUGAUAUCACUGCCAUUCCCACCAUGUUGGCAUAAGGACUGUGAUGCUCACGAAAGUAUCGACGAUGAAGUUGUGAAGGACUUGCUUAAAAUCUUCCAAGUAUUUGUGGUGGAAUAUUUUGGUCUUUCAGUGGUAUAAUGUAAGGAAAGUAUUGCUUGUGCAGCAACCAUUUUGACUUAAAGUUCAGGAGCACUUCAUGGUAUCAUUCAUCCCACAAAAUAUUUCGUGUUCUAUCACCUUACCAAAUCGUUUUUUCAAGGAAAGUGAAGAAAAAUAAAAUCCAAAGUCACUGAUUGACCAGCAAAAUUUGAAUAGUUGAAAAUAUUUUUAGUCACUAUAUUUUUAAAAAGAUGUGUUGAAGAUUUUGUUUUGAUUACAAAUUAUUUGUACCCAAAUUUCUUACAUGGUUAUGAUGAUGGAGAAAGGAAGUUUUUUUUAAUGCCCGAAAAAAAAAAAAAAAAUUAGUAAGCAGAGUCUGUGCUCAGUAAGGUUCUUCUUGAACGUAGGCUCCAGUAGUAAGCACUUUUCCUUUCUUUUCUAUUGUUUCUUAUCUUUUCUUUUUUCUUUCUUUCUUUCUUUUUUUUUUUUUUUUUUUUUUUUUUUGACCCAAGUGACCAACCCUCAUUAAUGAAAUAAAAGGUGAUGGAAAACAAAACAUUUUAUGGGUAUGGCAUUACAAGCAAUCAAAGUAUUAUUUCCUUUGUGUGAAAGCUCUGGACACAUGGUGAUAUACAAGACUCAAUCUUGUUAAACAAAUUUCUUCAUGUCACAUACAGUAUUGUAUUUAUCUGAUAGAUUUUUAGUUUUAUUGUAGGGCAAGAGAUUCUAUAUGACCAAAGAGAAAUUUUCAACCACUUUUGAGAGCUAAAAAAAUUGACUGAAAUAUUAAUUUAUUGAUUUAACUAUAGCAAUAUCUGUGAGCUAAUUAUGAUAAUAAUUUACUGAGAAAUAUUGAUCUUUGAUAGGGCCCAACAAUAAUGAAAAUAGGAAUCAGUGGGGGGCUUUGAAACUUAUCAAGUGUAAUUUUUGAAUCUUUCAUUUCCAAGACCUGAGCAUUUUUUCUUUCAAAAUGAUCUCACAACCUUUAUCCUAGUCAAAGUCUCAAGAUUAUAAGGAGUGGGGAAGUCAGUUCUUGUUGGCCAAUCUACAUCAUCAACACAGUCAAUAAAACCAAAUUAUUUUUUUAUACCCCCAGUUAGAGCAACACCACAGUUUCUUUAGAAACUAACUCCAUUUAUUUAUCUGUUUUAGAGAAUGUUAACAUAAAAGAUUUCUUGAAAGUGGAAAUGAAUCCAACUGAAAGAUUGCCAUAAAAAUUUCAUGUAUACUCCCUUCCUUGACAAAAAUGAGAAAAGUCUUUUCAAGCAAAAUAUUGAAUUUUUAAAAAUUUUAAUACUAAAAUAAAACUAUUGGUGAUUUAGAAAAGGAAAUGAAUCAAUUUACCACAACUUGUGACAGAAGUGGUUUUGACUUGAUAUAUCAUCUUCUGUGACAAAUGUUAAACAUCUUCACUUUUUUUCCAAUUCAUUUUUAUCAGUUUGCAGAAAUUAUAAGGUGAUUUACAUGUAAGAAUAGAAACAGUUAGAGAAAUGUAUCUUUAACAUUAUAACUAUUGAUUAGAAUAUCAUGAAUUCUUUUAAUUGCACAAUUUUUAAAGUACAGAAAAUGUUAAUUGUAUAUGGGAUGAAAAUUUCAUUUUCUGUGUGAAAGCACUUUUCCCUAAAUUUAGUGAUGGUAAUAUCAAAAUUACUUCAAGUGCAUUGAGGGAAAAUCCUCAAAUUAAGAAUAUUGAAUUCAUUUUACAAUUAGGUGGUAAACUGUUGUCCACUUUCAAAAUUUACAGUUUAUUUCAUAAGCAAUCACAAUAAAAGGCUUUUUUCAAAA